AUGCCUUCAGCUGUAAAUUUUUGCGAUGUUUCGCAGGGCGCUCGUCUGGAACGGCGUCAGCUACAGCGUCAAUUGAAGCAGAUCGAUUUCAACGUCUGUAUCACGACGUUCGAUCUCGCAAUCAGGGAAAGAAGUGCUCUAGCAACACCCAAUUGGAGGCACUUGGUGGUCGAUGAGGGACAUCGAAUGAAAAACAGCAAGUCUAAGUUCCAUCUUUCUGUGUCAUCCUUCUGCGCGUCGCACCGUCUACUGCUGACGGGCACGCCCCUCCAGAACAACCUCACGGAGCUGUGGUCUCUCCUGAAUUUUCUUCUUCCCAAAAUCUUCUCAUGUGCAGACGACUUUGAAAAGUGGUUCAGUCAGCCAUUCGAGGUUCACGGGAUGAGCGUCGAGGGGGGCCCCGAGGGGGGGGCCCCCGGUGGGUCUCUCUUGAACGAGGAAGAGCAGCUCUUGGUGAUCAACCGAUUGCAUGCAGUUUUGAGGCCUUUUCUGCUGCGCCGUGUGAAGAAGGACGUACUGAAGGAUAUGCCAGAAAAGAAGGAGUACCUUGUUCACAUUCCUCUAACCGAAUGGCAACGCCUUGUCUACAAAAACUUGCAAGACAAAGGGCUCAGUUCAGCUCGAGAAUUCUUCAGCAAGCGCAGCUUGCACAACACGCUGAUGCAGCUGCGGAAGAUCGCCAAUCACCCCUACUUGUUCGUGGACGAGUACAGCUUGAACGAGACCCUCGUGACUGCCUCCGGAAAGUUUGAAUGCCUUGACAGAAUGCUACCAAAGCUGAUUCACUUCCGACACAAAACGCUCAUCUUCUCGCAGAUGACGCAAGUCUUGGACCUCAUGGCGGACUAUCUGGACAUGCGGGGUAUUAAACAUGAACGGCUAGACGGAUCUGUCGGACUCCAAGAACGGAAGGAGCGCAUCGAUUCCUUCAACCAGAAGAAUGAAGACGCGAUGGUCUUUAUGCUUUCUACCAGGGCUGGAGGCCUAGGACUUAAUCUCCAAGCAGCAGACACCGUCAUUCUUUUUGAUUCCGAUUUUAAUCCGCAUCAGGAUCUACAGGCAAUGUGCAGGGCGCACAGAGUUGGACAAACCAAACAAGUCAAGGUCUUCCGCCUCGUGACGAUUAGCGGCGUGGAGGAAGUCAUUUUGCAGAGGGCGAACAAGAAGCUGUCGAUUGACCAGAAGGUCAUUCAAGCAGGGAUGUUCGACAACAAGUCCAGUGAAGACACCAGAGAAGAGAAGCUGCGUCUCCUUCUUCUCCUCGGAAAAAGCACAGGGACCGACGCAAAAGCCACAACGCCUCUGCAGCUUAAUCGGAUUUUGAGUCGGUCAGAGGAGGAGUUUGAAUGGUUUAACGAGUACGACAAGAAGCUGUUCGGGGUGGAUGAUGAAGGUCUGUGCCUCCAGGCGGACCGAAGCCAGCCGUUUGUUGAGCAGCAGGCCCUCUAUGAGCCCCCCGAAGAAGAGGAGGAAGAGGAGACUCCUGAAACUCCCCAAGAGCAGCAGCAGCAGCAAGAGCAGCAGCGAGAGCAGCAGCAGCAGCAGGAGCAGCAGCAGCCUACGACACCACCCAUGACAGCGGCAGGAGAAGAAGAGGUCAAGAACUUCUUAGAGGAGCGCAGUCGAAUCAUUAAGGCAAGCGAGCUGCCAGACUGGGUGCUAGCGGCGGCCGCUGCAGCAGAAGCAGCAGCAGCAGCAGAAGCCGCUGCCGCUGCUGAGGCAGAGACAGCAGCAGGUGAUUCGGAAGGAGGGGAGACGAACUGGCUAGCAAAGUCAAGGAAGCGUCGGAAGAUUCCUCGUCCGAACUACACAGAUGGCCUGACAGAUUCUGGAUAUAUGCGCCUUGUGGCGAAGUACGAAAACGGGGAACUCGAUGAAGAAGAGCUGCAGGAAGCCUUGACCAAGGCAACAGAAAAGUUGGCGAGCAGACGGAGACAGGGUAAAUCAUCUUCGACACCCAGUGCUACGGGGGGGAUCCAAGGGGCCCCCCCCCCCAAUAAACGCAGGGCCCAGAAGGGCAGGCCGUGCAAAACGACUGAACAGGCACCUGAAUCUGUAUCCAACAGCAAUGAUCAGCAGCAGGAACAUGCCAUCGACGAACGACAGCAGCAACAGCAGAAGGAAGUGAUGGAGCUUGAUGACUCCCCACUGGAGGAGUGUCAAGACCCCGAAGCGUUCUCCCAAACGAAAUCAACGGCUAGCUAG